AUGAAUUUGAGCGCUGAUCAAUUCCUGCCCAGUUUAUUGUGUGCACUUCCGCUACGAUCGAACAUAAACAUGUCGGUCCAGUUUGUCAACAAACGAAAAAAGACCUUUAUUGGUCUGCCAGCUCCUCUCGGAUAUGUCCCAGGAUUGGGCAGAGGUGCUACUGGCUUCACCACACGGUCGGAUAUUGGUCCUGCAAGAGAUGCAGACGACAUUCCGGAAGAUCGACAUGCCCCGCCCAACAAAAAGAGCAAACAAGAUAAGGAGGAUGAUGAAGAAGAUCUGAAUGAAGCAAAUUUUGAUGAAUUUACAGGCUAUGGAGGCAGUUUGUGCAGCAAGGACCCAUACGACAAAGAUGAUGAGGAGGCCGAUGCCAUUUAUGAGGCUGUGGAUAAAAGGAUGGAUGAGAAAAGGAAGGAAAGAAGGGAAGAAAAACUCAAAUUUGAUAUAGAGAAGUUCCGUCAGGAGAGGCCAAAGAUUCAGCAACAGUUUUCUGACUUAAAGAGAAAUUUGUCCGGUGUAAGCGUUGAUGAAUGGAACAACCUUCCAGAAGUUGGUGAUGCCCGGAACAGAAAACAAAGAAUUGGAAGGACUGAGAAGUUCACCCCAGUCCCUGACAGCGUCUUGGCCGGAGCUGCAGCGCGAAACAGCAUGAACUCCUCCAUAUCAGAGCAAGACCAGAAAUAUGGCGGUCUGACCACGCCCUUUGGGGCUAUCACUCCGCUGGGUUCGGCCACACCUAGCGCUGACAUCGACAUGAAGAAGAUUGGUCAGGCCAGAAACACUCUGAUGGACAUCAAACUAACACAGGUGUCGGACUCUGUGAGUGGACAGACAGUGGUGGACCCCAAGGGCUACCUUACUGAUCUACAGAGUAUGCUCCCAUCUCAUGGCGGAGACAUCAAUGAUGUGAAGAAGGCCCGUUUACUGUUGAAAUCUGUGAGAGAGACAAAUCCAAAGCAUCCACCAGCCUGGAUUGCCUCGGCUCGUCUUGAGGAAGUGACAGGGAAAGUGCAAGCGGCCAGGAACCUGAGGCAGCCAGACUUAUGGUGAGUUUGUGUGUGUGUUUACCCAGGAGACCAGGCCAAGGCUGUGGUAGCUCAGGCGGUGCGACAGUUGCCUCAGUCGGUCAGAAUCUGGAGCAAGGCGGCAGACCUGGAGAUGGAGCUCAAGGCGAAAAAAAGAGUUUUCCGGAAAGCCCUGGAGAACAUCCCCAACUCUGUCCGUCUGUGGAAACAAGCUGUGGAGCUGGAGGACGAGGAGGAUGCGAGGAUCAUGUUGAGUCGAGCCGUGGAGUGCUGUCCCACCAGCGUUGAGCUGUGGCUUGCCCUGGCUCGCCUGGAGAGCUACGAGAACGCCAGAAAGGUUCUGAACAAGGCCCGUGAGAGCAUUCCUACAGACAGGCAAGUGUGGAUCACCGCUGCCAAGUUGGAGGAGGCGAACGGGAAUUCACACAUGGUGGAGAAGAUUAUUGAGAGAGCGGUAAAUUCUCUGCGAGCAAACAUGGUUGAGAUCAACCGCGACCAAUGGAUCAAGGAUGCAGAGGACUGCGAGAAAAGUGGAAGCAUACACACUUGUCAGGCAAUCAUCCGUGCUGUCAUCAGUGUUGGUAUUGAGGAGGAAGACAGAAAACAUACUUGGAUGGAAGACUCUGAUUCUUGUGCUGCCCGCCAGGCCUACGAGUGUGCCCGGGCCAUCUACGCCUUUGCCCUGUCCGAGUUCCCCAGCAAAAAAAGCAUCUGGCUUAGUGCGGCAUAUUUUGAAAAGAACCACGGCAGCAGAGAGUCACUGGAGGCAUUACUGCAGAGAGCUGUGGCACAUUGUCCCAAGGCGGAGGUGCUGUGGCUCAUGGGCGCAAAGUCCAAGUGGCUGGCUGGGGAUGUCCCAGCUGCUCGGAGUAUCCUGGCUUUGGCCUUCCAGGCAAACCCAAACAGCGAGGAAAUCUGGCUGGCAGCCGUCAAGCUGGAGAGCGAGAACAACGAGUAUGAGCGUGCUCGCAGAUUGUUACAGAAAGCUCGCGCUAGCGCUCCUACUGCCAGGGUGUUUAUGAAGUCUGUCAAGCUGGAAUGGUGUCUCGGGGAAAUCCGCAAUGCAGAAAUCUUGUUGGAGGAAGCUGUCAAGCAUUAUCCAGACUUUGCCAAGUUGUGGAUGAUGAAGGGCCAAAUUCAAGAAGAAGCUGGAAAGAAAGAUACAGCUCGAGAGUCAUACAACCAAGGGCUCAAGAAGUGCCCCCAGGCUGUUCCUUUGUGGCUGUUGCUCUCUCGCCUGGAGGAGUCACAGGGUCAGCUGACAAGGGCAAGGUCCAUCCUGGAGAAAGCCAGACUGAAGAAUCCUCAUAAUGACGAACUGUGGUUGGAAGCAGUUCGUGUUGAAAUCAGAGGUGGCCUCAAGAGCUUCGCAAACACGCAAAUGGCUAAAGCUCUCCAGGAGUGUCCAAACUCCGGCAUCUUGUGGGCGGAGGCAAUCUUCCUUGAGCACAGGCCACAGCGCAAGACCAAGUGUGUUGACGCGCUAAGGAAGUGCGAGCACAACCAACACGUGUUGCUAGCUGCUUCCAAGUUGUUUUGGAGUGAGCGUAAGAUCAGCAAGGCUCGGGAGUGGUUCAACCGCACCGUGAAGAUUGACCCAGAUCUCGGGGAUGCCUGGGCGUUCUUCUACAAGUUUGAGCUCACCCACGGGGAAGAGAGACACCAGGAGGACGUGAGGCAGCGGUGCCUACUAGCAGAGCCACACCACGGGGAGCACUGGUGCAGCGUCUCCAAGGACAUCAAGAACUGGCGGCUCAAGACGGAGGAGUUACUGCCCCUUGUCAGUAAAUCACUUCAAGUGCCGACAUGAUAACAUGAAAUGAAAGUCGUGUGUGUUUUU